AUGUCAGACGAGGCAGCGGCAUUCCGCGCAGGUUUACUUCAGUGGCGCAGUGUGCAAGCUGUGAGGGAGUUAAACGAGGAUGUUGUCGACGAAUACGGCGCGAACUCAUUCAUGACGGACGACAUCGUGUUACGGGUUGUUGCUUGCGCAGCUAUGGGGAAACUGAAGACCCUCGAGCUCCUUGAGAGGGAGAUUGGGUGGGAUAUUGAUUGGGCAGCUCGUUAUAAGCCCGAUCUCCUCAGACUGGUCCACGAUUACUUCCCCCCACCAGCUCGUCUCGCAGAGGCUUCUCUGGAACCCACUCUACCUAGCGAGCCGGCAUCGUCACUUCUUCCGCCUACCCUCACUCAGCCAGACCUUGCCCAACCAUUGUCGAAACGUCGAGGGCUUCAUUGCAGCCGAUGUGGGGGUUCAGGGCAUAUGAAAACCAAUCGGAAGUGUCCCAUGUACCGACAAGAGCGGUUCAUGGAAUCGGCUGGUGAGGCGGCAUCGACGAACAAGGAGAACCUUGCUCCAUCCGAACCAACUUCCUCCUGCGAACCCAUUGCCCCGCCAGUUCAACCGAUGUCAUACUACCGAGCUAUGCCAUCUUCCGCAACAGCAAACGAAUCCUACGGAUACAAACCGCCCAUGCAGGCGCAGCCAAGUCAAAUUCCAGCCCACGCAUUCACGCCACAGUAUACGCCACAGCCCAUCGGCCACGAUAACCCUUACCGCCAUCUACUAUUACGCAUAUUAUUCUACUUCAACAUCCCUUCAUAA